AUGGCUGUCGCCACACCCGCGGUUGCGGCCCUCAUAGCCUCUCCCUUCCUCUUCCACCCUAUCAAUGAGCCCAUCCUAUCCAUGAUGGUGACCUUCAUGAGUGUGCGAAUGCCCCUCACCAAGCUCCUGGCGGCGUGCUACGCCCGGGGGCCCUUAGUAGCGCUACCGCCGCCGCGCAACAAGCCGGUCACGGCGAAGGUGGCCAAAUGGCUGAGACAGUCGCAGCUCCUCCGACGAUGGUGGCCUAAAACUCCAAUGAGAUCGUCGCGUGCCGCCGCAACAUCAGCAGAAGCAGCGGCAACAGCUGGCUGCGGGAUAAAUGGACAUUCCGACGACGACAAGGCCAACAAAACCGUUCCUAUGGCUGCCGAGGUACCUGAUCUUGCGCUUGUCACAUUCUUCAUGCUGAGCCCUGUCGUACCUCGGCCCUGCCGUACGGAUGCCCGCUAUGGUGGAGGCGGUGACAACACCUGCCCUCUGCGUCGUGAACACAGCAGCACAUACAGUGCGCGUGGCGACUGCCGCCGCCUGCUUCGUGAGCUCGCUGGCAAGUGGCUUGCCUUCGCUUCUGCCUGCGCACUUGCGGUGAUGUACGGCAGGACAGCGCCGCUGGCGCUGCAUGCCGCGCUGGCAUACGGCAUGCUAGCGAUUAUGGGCGGCAUGAUGGACCUGACGGCUCUGUAUUGCACCACGAUAUGGGGAGUGGACCUCGUGCCUCCCUUCCACAACCCUUUCCAGGCGACAUCGCUGUCAGAUUUUUGGGCUCGUCGCUGGAACGUUACGCAGAGCCGUGUGCUGAAGGGUUUACUGUACGACCCCAUAGUGGAAGGGCGGCUCGUACCGAGCGGUAAUGCCGCCGUCAUUGGGAAUGCCCGCUGUGGCGGUGGCGGUGGCGGCGGCUGCGGGGGUGCUGUCGGCAAUGUGGUCGUCGUGGACAGCUGCUCUGGCGGUGACGCCGCCCUACCGGCCGCAGCCCCACCGGCCCGCAGCGUGAACCCGGCCGACGGUGCCAGCACAGCCUCACGCGUGACUGACAACGGCAAUAUCAACGGUGACGAUCCCGACGCCACCUUUAGCGGCAGCUUUGCCGCCGGUGCCGACAAUGACAGCGAUGGCGAUCGUGCCCUGGCAAGCUGUAGAGGAGCGACUGCGUCCACCGAUGGCGGGGCGGCAGCGGGUGACUGGGCUCCCGGACGCGACGUCGAAGGCAGCGAUCCCGACGGUCAGAGGGCGCCCGCUCCCCGCGUCAUGGCCGCCCUGGCUAGUGUGGAUGCAGGCAAACGCUGGACACGGCGAGGCGCAGCCACCGCAGCUGCAGUAGUGCGCGGUCACGGCAAAGGCAGCGAGGGCGACGGUGGCGAGAGUGCUGCAUCGUGCAGCUUCUUCGGUGGCGCUGCCGACAUGGCCGCGAUGUCGGCCACGGUAGCCGCGGCUGCCGGGGCCGCGAGGGCGGUCCUGAGCAAUACACGGACACGGCGGGCAGUGGCCCUUCUGGCAGUGUUUAUCUUUAGCGGCAUCGAGCACGAGAUCUUCCACUGGUAUGUUCAACGCUUUUUCAGCGGUCAAUGGCUCACUUUCUUUGCCGUACACGGUGUACUGCUGGUGGCGGAGGAGGCGCUGCGCCAGGCUGCUGCUCGCGGCGGUACGGCGGCGGCGCGGGCGCCACGACCGGCCCCCGACAAGGCCGCCGAGGGCAUCGUCACUGCCGUUGGGACAGGCAUGUGGCGUACGGCGGCUUCGCUGGCUGCCGCAGCGGCCCGCCUGCCGCCCUGGGUUUCGCGGCUGCUUACCUUGGCGGUUUUGGAGCUGACUGCGACCUGGUGGUUCUUCGAUGUGCUGCUGGAGCCGGGGAUAGUGGCACGGACCGUGGGGUCGUUAAAGGGAAUGAUGCUGCUCAUCAUCCCGGCGGCCGAGCGCUGA